UAAGAAGACUCAUGUUGUGUCAGGGAUGGUCAUUCAGUCCUGGACACAGCUGUAAAUAGGAAGGCCACAGUGUUCAGGCAGAGCAACGUACUGUACGACCUGGAAAUGGGACUCAACAGGGCAGACCACUAUGAGCUGGACAGCAGUGAUUUCAGGACAGAGAGGCAGAAGAAUAGUGGAAGCAGGAAAUGCUUCACGUUCGUAGUGAUUUAUUUGAUCCUGCUGACAGCACUCAAUUCAUUCCUGCUUUACAAAGUGUUCACAUUGCAGAGUGAGCUCCACCGUGUCAUUGGUGGGUCGACCGUAGACGGGUGGGUUUCCUCCACCAAUGAGGGGCGUCUGGACGCAGAGCGGUCCACAGGCACACGCGGAGACCACUUCUCGUCCCCGACGAACAGCAGCCUGGACCCGGCCUCUUUACAGAAGAGUCUGGGGACCCUGGAGGCCCGGAUGGACACCCUGUGUGGUGGUCCUGGGGGCGUGGGGCAGCUGAGGACAGAGCUGGGAAUGGUCAAUGCCAGCACGGUCCUCCUUCAACACAGACUGCUCAGCCUGAGCACCAAACCAGGUCCUCCGGGUACACCUGGAGCCCAGGGACCAAAAGGAGACUCUGGUUCUGCCGGUGUCCAAGGUCCAAAGGGUGAUCCUGGUUUUCCUGGCAUUACAGGACAUGCGGGAGCAGCAGGGCCUGGGGGAGAGAAGGGGGAUCCAGGUGUGCCUGGGUUGGAGGGCUUGAGUGGUGCUGAUGGGGAGAGAGGGGAACCGGGCCUUCAGGGCCCACCUGGACCCACAGGACCCGCAGGGGAGCCUGGCCCGGCAGGUUCAAAGGGUGACCCAGGAGAGCAGGGGACACCUGGAGUGCCAGGUGCUCCAGGUGUGAAGGGACAGGAAGGAAGAGCAGGGCCCCCAGCAGAGAGGGGCCCAGCUGGGGAGAAGGGUGACCCAGGGAACCAUGGAAUAACAAGCAUUACAUUUUUCUGUACUAUUCUUUCUGUGUGGACGUGUGCUUUUUGGCACCGGAGGCUUAAAAACCUGCCAUACGCUCCAGUAACCACUGGAGUUUGUGAACUUCUGUGGGAUGCCUAACCAACUCCUUCAGUGUUUGGUUACGUGGUCACACAGACACUUUAGUGUGAACUAAGCCUAACUAUUCUCUUUUCCUCCCCUACAGGACCUAGAGGAAUGCCUGGCUCCCCUGGACCACAGGGUGCCAAAGGGA